AUGUCUGAAAUAUCAAAAGUCGCGGUGAUCGGCGCCUCUGGCAAUCUCGGCAAGCCAGUCACAGCAGCGCUCCAUGAAGCCGGUUUCGAAGUCACUAUCAUCACAAGAACCGAGUCCACCACCGAACAUCCCAAGGACAUUCCUGUCAUUCGUACCGAAUACACACUGAGCGCCCUCACCCAAGCCUUCGCCGGUCAGGACGCAGUGGUAUGCGUAGUCGGAAUCCCGGGAGUCCCGUUACAGUCGUUGUUUGUCGAUGCUGCCGAGGCGGCUGGAGUCCAACGAUUCGUGCUCGACGAUUUCGCUUGGGGCGACACGGAAGCGAACAUACGCGAUCUGGAUGAGUUUCAGACCCCGCGCCGCGUUGGCUGGGAUCAUGCCAAAGCGAGAGCCAUCGCGAAUCCCGCUUUCGCAUGGACGGGUAUCUCGACGGGCAAUCCAAUCGACAGGGCGAUAAAAGUAUUCCCUCUGAUGGGUUUCGACGUGGCCAAGCGCACAGCAAUCAUCUAUGAUGAUGGCACAGAAAAGUUUACAGGUACGACCCUCGCAGGGAUCGCUCAGGCGGUGAUCGGUGUCCUCCGCAACCCGGAGCAGACAGCGAAUCGUUUCGUCAAGGUUUUCUCGAUUUUGGCUUCUCAGAACGAACUCUUGGCGGCAUUUGAGCAGGCAGAAGGAGCAAAGUGGAGUGUCCAACACAAUACCACACAAACUCUGUUGCAAACCGGAAGGGCGAAACGUGAAGCGGGCACAACAGGAUGGAUCUUGGAUCUUGUCGUUGCGCAAUUGUAUGACGACAAAAGUGGACGUUCGAAAGUCGCUAGGUCUAGGGAGGAGACUGAUUCGGAGUUGCUGGGAGUCGCUUCAGAGACGCCACUGGAUGUGGUGAGGAAAGUCUUGGCGGCACAGCAAGACAGCGUCACUCCAGUGUUCUAA